AUGGACGACUAUUUAUUUCGGCAAUAUGUCAAUGAGUGCCGUGUGGUGCAAGAGGAGACGAAAUAUGUGGAAAUCUUUAACUACUCGGACCCUUUUCACAAUUCAUGUGAAGAGCAUCCUCUAACGCCGGAUGAAUUUGAAAAUUUUCUUUUCCAACGGGGGGCCUUUACGCCGCCAAAUUUACGGCCCGGAACGACGCUUUUAAGUGGUAUGCGACUAAUCGUCCAAACCGAUGCCAAGGACAAAGACACCUUUAUGCCCAAGGUCCUGUCCCUCCCCAAGGAUGCCUAUGAGCAAAUGGUCCGGGUUCUCCGCCUGCCCUUUCGCGGGAUAGAAACCACGUCCGUCGUGGGCCCGUUCUUCUGGACUUCAUACGAUCAUGACGACGCUGAUCCCCAUCUUCACAUCCUGCAUCGCAAGUCCGACGUGCGCAAAAAGGGCCGAACGCGCGGCUGGGAGAUGAUGCUGUCGCACCGCUUCGCCACGGGCGUCACGUCGGGCUUCGUCAAGGGCACGCCGUCGUCCGACGUCGUCGCCGCGCUCAAGCACGUGCGGGCGUGCGCCGCGCAGGUCGGCCACCCGUUGCUGCUGCCGACCAUUAUCCUCGCGCACGACCUCUCGCCCGCCAACGACCAGAAGCAGCGCGACGCGCGCGACUGGCUGCGGCACCUCGAGCAGGCCGUCAGCAUGCGCGACGAGGUCGAGGUCGAGGCGCAGUACUUUCAGAACGGCCGCCUCGAGGUCGACGGCCUGAACAGGGACCUGGUCGAGUGCCACUCCAACGUGCUCUGGAAGCGGCCCCAGGCGUACAUGGCGCUGACGCUCGAGAUGGAAAAGGCAAUGGCCAUGUUCAAGGACAUGCACGGGGCGACGAGGAGGGACAAGGAGGGGCCGCAGGGGGGCGAGGCGGCGGUGGCGAGGGAGAAGCAGAGAAGGGAGCUGGACAGACUGCAUCGGUCCAUGCUCGCCCGCAUGGACUUUUACAAGGUCAAGCUUACGGGGCUGGAGAAUUAUAUCCAUACGACCCUGCAGCGGCUCAAGGUGCAGAGAGAAGCGCUUUACAACAUCAUGUCGCAGCGAGAGGCCCGUCUCAAUCUUGAAAUCGCCGGAGAGCAGCGCCGCAUCGCCCACGCCAGCAAGCGCGACAGCACCGCCAUGAAGACGAUUUCCCUGCUCGGCACGCUCUUUCUCCCGGGCACCUUUCUCGCGUCUGUAUUCAGCAUGACGUUUUUCAACUUUCAAUCCUCCGCCGACCCGGUCAUAUCGGACAAGCUCUGGGUCUACUUUCUCCUCACCAUCCCCAUCACGGCCGCCAUCGUGGGCAUCUGGAUCUGGUACGACAAGCACAAGGAGGCGCAGUACGCGCGCGACGACGAGGACCUCGAAAAGGACAUUGUCAAGAUGGAGCACGACGUGAUGCUGAACAUACGCAAGAAGACGAUAAGCACGCGCCAUACCUGGAACUCGAUUAGUCCCCCGCCGCGGUGA